CUCUCUCUCAUCACAUCUUUCAGCUAAGGAAGACCGCCCCCACCCUCUGAGGGAAAAAGGAUGAAAAGAUAACACCUUACCCUAUGUCUUCUAUCCUCAGGCCCAUAGCCUAAUCGGGGCUAGGAAGGAAAAGGUCAUCCAUGGAUUGAUGCCCAGGACAGCUCAAACCGAGAGCUGUGCGUCCUAUUGGAGAGCCGGGUCAAUGGUAAAUUGCAAGAAGGAGAAACCCGAGCUGAGAUUCCUCUUCCCUUCCCCUUGGGAAUGAAUAAAAAAGCAACCACAUGUCGGUCUCCAAACAAACAGACAACGGGAGGAAUAGCGAAAGAGAAAAAAAAAAGAAAGAAAGAAAAGGAAAUAAACUAGGGAGUUUUCUUUUAUUUGUAGUGAGUGUGAGGGGAGAGUGUUUUCUCCAUGAAUAGUAGUGGGUGGGAUAUCAAAUUCUUUCCUCAUGCCAAAAAUACGGACGAAACCGACGCUGUGCAUCGUCCUCGCGAAUGUCAGAUGCACUGCCGGGUCUGGAACUACCUCGUGGAACGUCCGAUAGCAGUGCAGGUGGCCAUAACUGCACCUUCAACCCGCUGAAUUGCUUAUCGCGGGAAGGAAAAUCGAUAUCUGUUCUCAUAGGACCAAGCCUGCCUUUCUUCAGGCCAACCCUCUUCGACAUCCCCUGAAGGAAAAGAAAAGGGACGGAACAUGCACAGGGCAUGAAGGAGGCCCUCCAAUAACCAUCUCGUCUGUCAGAGGCCGGCCACUGAUUCAUUAAGGUUGCUGAAGUCUGGGUAUCGAGGAUGUAGCAUCAACUUUUUCUUCUGUUUUUGGGGGAAGAUAGAGACAAGCGGAGGUGAAGGCUGGAUAUUGAUGACGACUCCAAGGCUGGGGGAGGGGGACCGGAAGGGGGUAUCAUUGGUAUGAAACUAAACAUACAUUGAACUGACAUCUACAGUGGGAGACAGGCAGCGCAAACACAUGGUCAAGGCCGCUUUUCUCCAGGCCUGAUCGAGAUGUUGUUGACUUUUCUUUUGAAGCUUCAGAUUGAUCUAUGUAAGUCGUGACUUUGCAGAAAAACACGGACUGAAUAACCAACAUCCCGAUAUCCAUAUCUUGAUCUGCAUGAAAACCUUCUCUCUCGCCUGCAGUGCUCCGUGGUUGCAUAUACCUCGACACACCUGGCCAUAUUAACUCCUCUACAUUUAGACACCAGAACUCCAUGCUCCAUGCUAAAAGAGAUGUCCAUGCUGCCGUGUGUUUUCCUUUUUCUCUAUCUGUUCAACCACCAAUCACUGUUGUUCAUUCACCCAAGGUUCAGGACUUGGUAUCUGGCAGGAUCUUACGUAUUUCCCAGGAAUCCAUGCAACUUUGUCCAUACACACACAUGUGUGGUCUGUCAGCCAGUGAAUGUAUGUACUUGAAUGUAUGGAGCGCUCCGGACGUCAUUCAUCGAGCAUGUAUCUUGUGCGCGAAUGGUCAAACCCCCAACGAAGCCAAAGCUAAUAUACAGGGGGCCAAUGAUAUCAUGCCAAAAGUUUCUCAUAAUUUCCUCCCAUCGUCCCGUGCUUGCUGCUGGUUCAUACUCCACUAUAAACGGGAAAGGAGGAAGGGUGGAAAGGGACAAUCGCGCAACCGCGAACAUGGAUUGAUACUCCAUGCGUUGUCAAUACCUUUAAAACACAUAUUAUAUUUUGGACUUACCUCUCCAACUCCAUAACCCUGGCAGUCGGGGCAAGGAGGCUAGGAGGGAACAAAAGAAGAAACACGGUUGAUAACGUGCAAGCCAUUCCCUGGCAGCAACUUAUGUAUGGUUGUUCAAUCUGCUAAGUUUUUUUGUCGAAUUGAAUCUUGCGCUUUGAUGCAGGGGCCCCCUGCUCUGCGAUGGACGGAACGGGUUGCAAGGACAGUUGAGAGAUCCCGAGGGUUAUUAUCGUUCUUUGAUUAAACCCAUUCCAUGGAGGUUGCGGUAUAUGCACGAAGUUUGAAUGUCUGUGCGCUACUGGAAGUCUUGUUACCUGAAAGAUAGAGAAGAUCAUUACUCCAUGGCCCUUUACGGAGGAGACCAUACUCCAUACUAAGUAUAGCAUCACCAUGUCGACAGCCAUUGUUGCUGGAUUCUGGAACAACUUGAUCAUAUCCUUGCUGAUGUAUUUCUUUUCAAUCGUUUAUGUUGUAAGCUUCAUGCUGUCAACAAAAUUUGUCUAUCCGUACGGAGUAUACGAGGAUUCUUUUCUGACAUGUAUACACUCCUGCUUUGACUUGACCAUCCAGCCUUGCACAUGGCUUUCCCGUCCGGCCAGUGCGAAGUAGUUGAGUAAUAGAGCUGGUCAGCGUAUGUAUGCAAGUGUACCCACCCUGAAACGCAUGGAGAAAGGUCGACAAACACGGCACGGAAAAAAAGGUUAAGCGGGCAAAGGCUGGGGCUGAAUUUGCAGCCUCUGUAAUAACAGCAUCGUCCACAUUGAUACCACCAAUCGGUCAUUCGUGAAUAGUUGGCAUUGCAGCCAAAAAAAGGGAUGGAGUACUUUAAAGCAGCCGUUGAGGGUGAUUUCCCUACGCUUAGUGAUGCGGGAGAAAAGGCCUCGUCUUGGACUUGACGGGAAGAAAAGGAAUCCAUCGAUUCUCUCGUACGUUCUCAAUGGGCACGACUCACAUACUAUACGGAUAUUCAGUCCUUGAAGAUGCAGGGAGGUGCUCUUGGAGCUUCCCAAUUUGUUCGCCUGAAAUAUCAUUCAUUCAAGACACCAUCAGUCGCGCAGCUCGGGAGGUCUUGUUUCUUCUUCCAAGGGAGAAAGAAAGAAACUGCAACGUCAUGUUGGAGAAGGGAAAGAUAUACCUCCUUGCCUUGUAUGCAACGAUGGCAAUGCCGAAAGAGAGAGGACGAUCGAAUGGAACGUUCCAUAUACGAGGCAAUGGAAAUCAUUCCAAGGCUCAGUAUGGAGAGGGUCUCCUCCGUAGUCAGGGCCAAUAUUGAUGCUACGUCGCUACUGGAGACAAAUUCUCCGACCCCUUCGAGACUAUUCCCAUCCAAGACGAAGGGCUGUGCUUGGUGGCUUUGCUCUCUCCUUUCUUUUUACCCUUGGAUCACUCUUGGUCCAGUCCAAUUAAGCAAGCGAUGUUGAUAACUCACAUGAGAGUUGAUUUAGCUUGAGCAGAGAAGAUCCAGGCCAAACUGCAGCCGACCCAUGUUUUCUCACCUUGGUUG